CUUUGAGAUUAAUUACUUAGCUUAGAUUGACUCUAAGCAAAGUCUUCUCCAUUAUCAUAUUUUAUAGCCACAAAGACCCUCUAGAUUUGAUUUAAAACAUACUGGAGAAUUAAUGACAUUACCUCCAGUGAACAGUAAAAUACGGCAUUAUAACUUCAUUGCCGCUAAACCACCAAAAGCUCCUUCUUCCCAAGGAGUAACUCGAUCGAUCCAGAAGAUUCUUCACUCCGAUUUCAUGGACCAAAAGGAGGAAGAAUUUAAAAUUCCAACCUCUGUCGACUCUAGCAUUCAGGAAAUUCUUAUCAAUAACAAUCAAUUGAAGAAAAGUCUCAAAUCUAUGAUUAAAUCAAUGAACAUUAUGCCAAAAGAGGAGAUGAAAGAAGGCCAAUAUGGGUUCCUGAGCUCAGUUACACGGCAAGCUCAGGAUCAUAAUCAGUUCAGUUCCAUCUUAAAGGAUAGGCUAGCCACUGCUCCUAUAUCCAUUUCAAAUACCUCACUUGACUCUGAUGAAAGGAUGGCAACUGAAACUGAAUCUGAAAGGGAAGAUCGGAACAAGUUCAGAUUUGCUUCCAAAUCCGAACAUUUUGACUACAAAGACAUCAAAAUUCAGGAGCCCAAAGUUAACUAUGAUAAGGUCAAGAAAAAACGAUUUACGCUAGUAGCCGAUAGAGCAUUCAUUCCACCCACAGAGCAUACACUGGAGAUUCAAGAUCCAAGCUCAAAUAGACACAAAGCUCAUAUCCCAAAAAUUGAGCGAGAAAGAGCAAGGAUGAUAAACCAAAUUUAAGAAGCAACAGAAGAUAUCACAGAACUUGAUGAAAGGAAAACGAAGGAAAAAGAUACCUUACUACAGCUUUGAGCAAAAUCAUAAGAAGAGGUAUACACCAAUCUCUACUAAAAUUAAUGAACGUUAUGCGACUGCUGGGCCUAAUGUGGGUUCUGAAUCACCAACCUCAAUUCAAGGUGGGUUGAAAAAUACCCUAGGACAGCCCAUAGAGUCUAUGCAAGCAAACCUGACCGGUAAAGAAAAACGUAUAGUAGAUUACAUCAUAAAGAAAAAGUACCCAGUAUACGGUUUCAUGCAUUUCAAUUUCGAGACUGAGCAGCCUACCGAGGAAAUCAUGAUAGAUGACGAAGCAGCAAAGAUAGCUAAAUAGAUAUAAAAACAAGAAAAAUGUCACAGAUGUCAACAAACAGAAAGUAUACGUUGACGAGAAUGAGUUCAAGAACAUGAUGAAACGAAACAAGCAAAAUACUCUUAAGAUGGAGACUCUGAAAAUACUCAAACAGGGCCUGCUGAGACUAUCCAUCAGGCAUUUCAACUCUUUGCUAGCUCAGAGAGUAGUUAAUAAGAUCAAGAAAACAUUUACAUAUACAGCGAUCAAGGCAUAUAAGAAACUUAAGGAGAAAAGGCAAGCUAUGAAGAGGCUAAAUGAGAAGAACUUCUCAUCUGCACUUGCCAGCCUUGUCAUCCAAGAAAAACAGAAAUAGAGAUAAGCAGAAAGAAGAGGAAGCAAGCAAGCCAAAAAUUGAUGCCUCUACAGUUAUGAAUAUCCUUAAAUCUGGAAUCAUUGGGAGAAUUAAGAGAACAGUCACUAAAAAGAAGGUCAAUCCUGGAAGCCGGUUUGCUAAGAAGAAGACAUUGGCAAAGAAAAAGGAGGCUGAAAGAAGAAGUUCACAAUCACUUGCUUACAUUGCUGGGCAAAAUAAUAUAGUCAAUGGAAUUAUGAUAGGGAAAUUCUCUAAGUCCUCACUUGAACCGAAAAAGCAAACUGAAGAGAUAGCCCCUCCUCCAAGCAAUAUGUUGAUCAAGGCAUAUGAUAAUGAAAACCAGAAGAGAUACACAGAAUUUAAGAACCAGAUCAACAUAAUGUAUGAUCCAUUCUAUGUUGUUGAUAAGACUGAGAAAACCGAAAAGAGUAGUCUUGGUGUAAAGACCUCCUCUAAAAAAUUGAAUGCCAAGAGAUCAAUAAGAAUUAUGAGGAAGAAGAAGACCAAGGCUGGGAAGUUCUCUUUGAACUCGAAGUCAACAAUUCUGUCCAAAGAGAUAAAGGAGCGGAGGAAAAAACUUCAAAGGACAUAA